AGCUCUGCAAAUAUGGCAUGCAGGAUGCUUUCAUUCCGGUUGUCUUCUCUCCUCAUGGCGCUUCUUUCCUCCCUUUAUCCUGCUGCCCAUGGAGACCUGAGCUACACAGUUCCAGAGGAGACGAAGGCGCACUACGUGAUUGGAAAUAUUGCAAAGGAUCUCGGAAUAGAUGCUACAAAAUUAAAAACACGAAAGGCCCGAGUUGAAACAGAGGAUAGCAGCAAGCGGUAUGUGGAUAUUAAUUUUAAUACUGGGGAAUUGAUCGUAUCAGAGACAAUAGACCGGGAAAAGCUUUGUGGCUCGAGGCUGAACUGCAUUCUGAAUUAUGAACUCGUUUUAGAAAAUCCGCUAGAACUACAUCGCAUUUCUCUGAAUAUUCAGGAUAUUAAUGACAAUGCGCCAAAAUUUCUCAAUGAGAGAAUCAGCUUUGAAAUCGCCGAGUCCGCUAUAAAAGGGCAGCGCUUCCGUUUGGAUGAAGCUCACGAUUCUGAUAUCGGACUAAACGGAGUUAAUGGUUAUUCGCUCGGAGAGAACAAUCAUUUUAGGUUAUCUGUGCAGGAUAAAAACGGACGGAAAUACGCGGAGCUCGUGCUGGAGAAAGAGCUGGAUCGCGAACAACAGAAGGAUAUAGACUUGAUUCUUACCGCAGUGGAUGGCGGGAUUCCUCAGAGAUCAGGGACUGCUGUUAUCCACAUCACUGUGCUCGAUGCUAAUGAUAAUGUUCCGGUGUUCAGUCAGCCUGUGUAUAAAGUGGUUUUAGCUGAAAACGCACCGAUAGGAACAGAAGUCGUUACUGUGAGCGCGGAAGAUGCGGAUGAAGGCGCAAACGGUGCAGUGACAUAUGAAUUCAGUCGGAUUGCUGAUAACGCAGCACAAUUAUUUAAGAUUGAUAAACUCACUGGGCAAAUUAAGGUCAAUGGAGAUAUUGAUUAUGAAGAGGAAAAGUAUUAUGAAAUUGGAGUGCAGGCUAAAGAUGGAUCUGGUUUAGCAUCGACUGCAAGUGUUAUUAUAGAUAUUACUGAUGAAAAUGACAAUGCUCCAAAAAUUACCCUGAAAUCUCUGAAAAAUCCUUUGCCUGAGAAUAUUAUUGUUUCCACUGAGGUGGCUAUUAUUAAUGUUCAGGAUAAAGAUUCAGGAGAUAAUCGACAGAUCCGUUGUUCAAUUCAGGGAAAUGUUCCUUUCAAAUUAAAUCCAUCCAUCAAGAACUAUUUUUCAUUAGUAACAACAAGCAUGAUCGAUCGAGAGAUUGAAGAAGAUUAUAACAUAACAAUCACAGCUACUGAUGGAGGAUCUCCACCUUUAUCCUCAUCCAUGACAAUUCAUCUAACUGUGUCGGAUAUCAACGACAAUCCUCCUGUAUUUGAACAGCAAUCCUACACUGCAUAUGUAACGGAAAAUAAUAAACCAGGAACCUCUAUUAGUUCUGUUCGUGCAAGAGACCCAGAUUGGAGGCAGAACGGUACAGUGCUGUAUUCUGUGGUGCCCAGAGAGAUAAACGGUGUUGCAGUGUCCUCCUUUUUAUCCAUUAACUCAGAUUCAGGAGUGAUCCAUGCUGUGAGGUCAUUUGACUAUGAAAAGUUCAGAAACUUUCAAAUCCAGGUUGUAGCCAGAGACAAUGGUUCUCCUCCACUCAGCAGCAACGUGACUGUGAGUGUGUUCAUCUCAGAUGAGAAUGAUAACUCUCCACAGAUAUUAUACCCUGCUCCAGAGGGGAAGUCUUUCAUGACCGAGAUGGUCCCUAAAGCUGCUCUCUCUGGUUCUCUGGUCUCCAAAGUGAUCGCUGUGGAUGCCGACUCUGGACAGAAUGCGUGGCUGUCGUAUCAGAUUGUCAAAUCUACUGAUCCGGGACUUUUCACUAUUGGUGUCCAUAGUGGAGAGAUCAGGGCUCAGAGGGACAUUACUGAAUCUGACAGCAUGAAACAGAACCUCGUUAUCUCAGUGAAAGAUAACGGACAGCCGCCUCUCUCUGCUUCCUGUUCUGUAUAUUUACUUAUUUCUGAUAACCUUGCUGACGUUCCAGAACUCAAAGACACAUCUUAUGAGGAGAGCAAUUCCAAACUGACUUUUUAUUUGAUCAUCGCACUUGUUUCCUUGUCCACCUUCUUCCUGACCUUCAUUAUUCUGAUCCUGGCUGUGAGGUUUUGCCACAGGAGAAAGCCCAGACUGUUGUUUGAUGGAGCAGUUGCCAUUCCCAGCACAUAUCUCCCUCCCAACUAUGCAGAGGUGGAGGGAGCUGAAACUCUCCGCAGUUCUUACAAUUAUGACACAUAUCUAACAACAGGAUCACGCACCAGUGACUUCAAGUUCAUCACAUCUUACAAUGACAGCACUCUGACUGCUGGUGGAACUCUGAAGAAGAGCCAAAAUGACACUUUAGGAACAAACUUUAUGACACUUAACAAUACAGGAGAGGGAGAUGAGGUAAGGAAAGUCUGUUUUCUAUAUGAUUAA